GGCAUUUAACAAGUGUAGUACGGCUAAUAGUGAACACUCUGCUCAGACGGCUGUGUGGGCUGAUUUAAGCAGACAAGAUGCCGUAUGUGUUGAUGAGCACACAAAUUCGAUUGGAGAACGGACCGACCGUGGUGGGGGAUGAAUGGAGUGAUCCGGAUCUGAUGGAAUACUUGGACGCCUCUCUGGGCAGAACGCUGGGAAAUAACUUCUUGGAGUGGGUGACACAGCAUUGCCCCAGGGUUGUUCUGGACAAGCUGGAGAAGAAGGGGUACCGGGUGGUGUGCAUGACUGGUAUCAAUCAAACGUGUGUAUGGACGCUCUUCAAACCCGACGACAGUCAGAAGAACGACAUCAACAAUAGGAUGACUCUACGAGCACCGCCAACAAGAGCCGAUGCUACUGAAAUAAUGGAUACCUGCCCCGAGAAACUCUGAAAUACGUCUGAUUCUUCUUUAUGCGAUUGUUGACUUUUCUGUUCUACGGGUAUUUUCGCUGCAUUCUCAGUAUGGUUGUUGAAGCCUUGCUGCGAAGGUGUGCCAGAGUGUUGAGGAGCUGACCACCAUCUCUGGACUACACUUCUUAGCACAUGUCUUGCUUCUGUACUUUGUGUAACAGUCGCUUGGCAUAUGUUCUGUUUGACAGCUAUCUUCAUGAUUCUUUGUAAUCGUUCUUAACGAACCACACGCUGUGAUCCAAGCGUGGCAGACAUUUUGUCCAGAUGUGCCCAUCACGGCCUAACCAAGCAGAAUAUUAACUACAUAAGGCUGUGCUUUAGGAAAGCUUGAAGUUUAAAUGGAAACGGAAUUAACAUAUAAAACGCCAAACAAAUCAAACAGAUAACUUGAAAGAGAUAUUGUGUACAUUCCUUACAAAUCCGUUUAUUUCAUCAUUUUUGUUUCCUGAAUAUAUUUGUGUACAGCUGUUAUUGAGAAUAUGUUCAUUGAGAUUUGUAAUACAGUUUAAAUUAUA